AUGAACGUUUUCUUCGUAAGGAAGAAAGAGAGAAAAAAACGUACACGCACACCGUUGAAAUUUAAAAGUAAAGCGUUCUAAGUUUAAGAGACCGAUCCGAUUGAUAAUGUCGACGCGUCAAUUAUCAAUGCGGGAUCUCGAAUCUAUUCUUAUCAGUGUGCAGUUACGUAUACUUGUAAUCUAGCGAUUGUAUGGAUUAAGGAUGUCUCGCAGAGGAGCUUGGCCGAUAACGCGUUCACGAUCAUAGAGAAACCGUCGAAAAGGACGGUAUUACUCCCCUUCUCCAAAAUACGAGAUUCAUUUUCCACCAACGUUCUACGUCGAAUACCGGCCCACAGCGACAAUAUAUUAUACGAUAAAUAUACAGCGCAUUUUGUACGCCGAGAAAUAGGAAAAUUUUUAUCGCGUGAAAAGUGGAAAUUCACACGCGAGCAGAGAUUAGAGAAAAGUUUUUCAUGUUUUCUAUCGAAAUUUUAG